AUGGAGUUCCCACCCUUCCACAACUCGAUCCUCUGCCCUGCACUUGACAUGGUGCCAGAGAACGCACCACCUGAUCUGUUCGCCACGGAAUUAUCCUUCUUUGCUUCCCAUCCUUGGACGGCCUCUUUGAUCUGCGCGCCUGAUGCAAUCCCUUUUCUUCCUUCAUGUCGCGUUCCAAAGUCACAAGCGCAUGACCAACUUUUUGGGAACACGCUCAAUAAUUCCCGUGGCUUAAGGCAUCUUAUCAGUCACUUUCGUGCGCCAAGUUUUGAGGUCGCCAAGGAUCCUACACACAACAUCACUGAGAUCGCGGUGCUUGUAUCGGUGGGCGAAGGUGUAAGCGGGUAUCCCGGGAUGGUUCAUGGCGGAAUUGUCGCGGCGUUGUUAGAUGAGUCCAUGGGUACCAUCUUUGAUUUGAACGGGACUUUGGGUAAAGAGGCUAGGGCGUUCAAGACACAUAAUGUGACGGGUGGUAUAGAUGUCAAGUAUCUCAAGCCUGUGCCAACAGACAGCGUUGUCUGCAUCACAGCUGUUGCAGAAGAGAUUAAUGGGCGAAAGACAAAGGUCAGAGGCGAAAUGAAGGAUGAGAAAGGCGAAGUGCUGGCGACUUGCUCAAGCCAAUGGGUAGCACUGAAACCAAACUUGUGA